GAUCCCGCACCACUUAUUAAUGUUCUGGAUCCCGCACCUUUAAAACGCGGAUCCGCGGAUGGCGCUAAUUACAAUUUUCCGCUAAAACGUUCUUGUAGUUUCGCGUAAGAAAGCGAGUAGCGCGAGUGCGACGUUGCCGUUUCGCACAGUGGCGGAGGUUGGCGGGGGACUUCGUGUCGGUUCGUGCAGUCACUCGCACGCGUCGUGUCUGUAGGUGACAGUGUUUUCGUACUACGGUCCAGCGUGCGUUCAACGUAACGAGUGAAUGAAUCAUGUCCAAGUCCAAUGAAACUGAGAAUUUCGAGAGAGAGAAUAAAGGCGACGGUGAUGGCGACGGCAGCGCCGGCAGCGUCGGCACCCAAAUUGGUAUAGGUCUGUGGCGUUAUUUCAAGAAAAGUGACAAAGGUGGCAAAUGUCUUAUGUGUUCAGAUGAACUAAAAAUUAGUCAACGUUCUACCAAAGGCUUAAAAAUACAUUUAAAGACUAAACACAAUAUCGAUAUCAAUUCUCGAAACGAUGAGACUGGAGAAAAAUCCUUACCAGUUAUACCAAAGAAGAAACCCAAAACUUUGGACAGUUUUGUUAUCAAAGAAAACUCCAUGGACAAAACGAUCUCUAGGAUGGUAUGUAAAGACGGAUUCACCUUAAGUUCCUUUUGCACAUCUUCGGAUUUAAGAGAUUUAUUUUCUAAAAGUGGAAACAAAUUACCUAACUCGCCAAAUACGAUAAGAUCUAUCGUAACAAACUUUAGCAACACAGUCAAAGCUGACAUGAUUAUAGAAUUUGAACGUCUCAAGAAAGGAAAACAGAGAUUUUCACUCACAUUUGACGAAUGGACGUCACAAAAAAAUCAUCGAUACUUAAAUAUCAACGUUCACCAGAAAGAAAAUCAUUUCAAUCUGGGUUUGGUACGUAUACAAGGCUCGGCUACCGCAGAACAUUGCAUUAGCUUGGUAAAAGAACGCCUAGCGAGUUUUGGUCUAGACUUAGACACAGAUAUUAUUGCAUGUACAACGGACGGCGCUAGUGUGAUGGUGAAGGUUGGCAAGCUUUUGCGUUGUUCCCAGCAGCUUUGUUUUACACACGGCUUGCAGCUAGUGGUAGUUGAUACACUGUAUAAGAAAAGCAAUUCACCAAUACCAGAAUGCCCAGCAGCCUCAAUUGCGACGGAGUCUGAUAAUGAUGACGACGAUGAUAUGGACGCGAAUGAACAGGGCGUAACUGUAAAUAUAAAUUCACCACCACUUGAAAUGACUUCUACAUAUGACAAUUUAUUGAAGAAAGUGCGAAAAGUGGUCAAGAUUUUUAAACGGUCACCAACUAAAAAUGACGUCUUUUUACAAAAAUAUGUAAAGGAACAAGAAGGCCCUAAAAAAGAAUUGGCAUUGAUAUUAGACUGCCGGACUCGCUGGAAUAGUCUUUUAAAUAUGUUAGAACGAUUCUAUAACUUAAAGAAUUGUAUCGAUAAGGCAUUAAUCGAUAUUGAAUCUGAAAUUAAAUUCAGCGAUAAUGAGUGGUUCAAAAUCAAUGAUCUCAUUGCCAGCUUGCAGCCUUUUAAAUUGGGAGUUGAGGCACUGUGUAGGCGAGAGUCAACGCUUAUAACUGCGGACACAACAUUUCAAUUUAUUUUGGAUAAAUUGCAACAAAAAAAUACGGUGUUGAGUAACCAGUUAACUCAGAGUCUACAUGAACGUAUUAAAGAACGCCGCACUAACUUGACAGGAGUUUUAAUUUAUUUACAAAAUCCGAAAAAGUACGACCAAGAAGCCAAAAAUACAGAUCGUACUCAAACAUUCUUCAUGCCAAAAAAAGCUGCAAUACGCCAAGAAAUAAAGAAAAUAUUAGAGAGAGUCAGUACUGUUGAAGACGAUGAAAUGUAUGCAGGUGACGUCUUCGAAAAUACAUCUAUAGCUGGAACAUCCGUAACUGUAACUGACACAGCUUCUACACUUACGCUAAAAGAAGAAUUAGAAAAACAGCUUCAACAAGAAAAAGAAAUAUUUAAGAAAAGACCAGACAAUAAGCAAAAGGAUUAUGAAAAAAUUUUGAAGAAAGAAAUGGCAUGUUUUGAGUCCGAUGGUAUCAGAGGAGAGUACCUGACGCUCGCCUAUGAAUAUAUCAUGACUGUUCAGCCUACUAGCGUAGAAGCCGAGAGAGCGUUUUCGGCAUCAGGAUAUAUUUGUAGUUCACUCAGAAGCAGGCUUGGAGAUGAUACUAUAAAUGCCAUUUGCUUUUUAAGAGCGUAUUUUCAAAAGUCACAGUCGUAAUAAUACCAUUUAGUUAUUUAGAUAAGAGAAAGUUGUGAUUUGACAAUGAUUAGUAGUUAUUGUUUUUGUUGUUGUUGAUUACUUAGUUGUGAUUUCUUUAGUCAUUAUUAUGAAUAAGACUGAAUAACAAAAUAGUAUAAAACUGUUGUUAGAUGUAAGGGUAUAAUUAAACAAAACUUUAAUGCCAAACAUUUAAAAGCUAAGAUUAGUAAGACUGAUUACUAAAUUACUCGUACUUAAUUAUAUAAUUUAAUUGUUAUUUUGUUCGAAAACAAAUAAUUUUUGUUGCAUAAUG